AUGAAUUCCACUCUCCUAGUCAAUGCUUCGGCUAUCGUGCUUUUUAUCUUUACUCUCGCCUUCUCUUACUCUUAUACCUUCAUCAAGUCAACUCUUAAAGUCUAUGAUUACGUCAAAUGUUUAACUGGCGGUUUUAUUAUUGGUAUUAUUCUAGUUGAAGUCUUACCAGAUAUCUAUUCUUCUGAUAGUAUGGUCCCAGCCGUAGUUACCGGUAUCUCUUUCUUCUUCCUUUUUACCAUCAGUAAGCUUUACAUUGAAAGAGCUAAUGUCGGCGAACAAGAUUCUAUCCCAGCUGGUGCUUCUAAGAAAGAAGCACUUAUCUUUAUCUUGGCCUUAAGUUUACACUCUUUCAUGGAGGGUCUCGGUAUAUCUAACAAAGAGAACGAAAAACUCGUCUGGUACUUAGUCAGUAUUCUUAUCCAUAAAUGGCUAGAAGCUAUUGUUCUAGGCGCCUCAGUCCUUACUUCCGAUCUCUCCCCUAAAGUAUGUUUCGUACUCCUAUUGGUCUAUUCCUCACUUACUUCCGUCGGUGCUUUACUUGGCAAGCAAUUAUCCAGUGGUUCCAGUAAUUCCCUCAUUCGUCAUACUCUUGAUGGUAUUGCUGCCGGUAGUUUCUUCUACAUUGGUUUUGUCGAAAUGGUCGGUAACGAGUUUGAAACUUCAUCUGGAAAACUUACUAGAGCACGUACGUUCAAAAAAACACUAUCUAUGUUUAUUGGUUACUUCAUUAUCACUACUGUGAUUUGUUUGAGCCAUACUCUCGAAGAAUUAUAUCAUAAAUAG